AUGUCAGUCGAAGCAAAAACAUUCACUAACAAAUCUAAUGGCGAAACAUUCACAAAAGGCACUUAUAACGGUAUUGAAGUCUUACGUAGAGACAAGGAUGGUUACAUUAAUGCAACAAAGAUGGCAAGAGAAGCAGGAAAGUUAAACCAUUUAAACAGAUUUCUCAAUAGUGCUAAAAUACAGGGAAUUCUUGAGUUUUGGAUGAACGAAUACGGUGGAGCCAAAAGUGGCUCGACCUCAAAACAAGCAUUUUAUGAGCUUACUAAGGGUGUUAUAAAUGAAUUCAAAGGUAUUUACAUACAUCCUGACCUCGUUCAUUUUGUUGCUGAAUGGUGCUCUGUAAAGUAUGCAUUUUAUGUCAAAGAUAUUAUGGACUCCAUAGACAAGAAAGUUCAUGAGAAAUUAGAUGAAGAAGAACUUGAAGAUACAGUAGAGAAUGCUAAACCU